CGCUUUUUCUGUUUGCCACACUCAUUGCCAUGGACAUCGAUCCAGCCAGCCACGCUGAUGCCGAUCCUUCAACUGUGAUCACUGAACAGACCACAGUGAUUCAAACGACAAUGUCUGCUCUUUCUGAUACACAAACCACAACCGUCACCGCCACUGUGACCGAUGCUUUGAUCGAGCAGCAAGUCGAUCCUGCUGCAGCGACAGACGAAGUAGGCGAAUCUCUGGCUGAUCCAACAAUGACCGUUGGUGUGGCCAUGGAGACGGAAGCUGUCGAAAUAACAGAAGCGUCUGCGCCAUCAGGGUUCAGCAUGUUCAUCCAUGAUGUGGCGCAACCAUGCACUCUGGUCGCUUCAACCGGCGAUCGCUAUAAUACAACUGUACAGCAAUCGCUGUCAAACGAAGUUCACCUUAUCCAACAGAGAGCAUCUCCCAGCAAUGUACACGAAGCCAACAACUUUUUUCGAAACGCGAAAUGGUCGCCGGACGGCACUUGCCUAUUGACGAAUUCCGAAGACGAUGUUGUUCGGUUAUUUAAUAUGCCCCCAGGUUUGUACGGUAGUCCAUCUGAAGACAUAGAGCCAUUGGAACCUAUUUUGGGAAUUCGUGGAGGAGAAACAAUUUACGAUUUCGCAUGGUUUCCUUCCAUGUCCAUUCACGAUCCUGCCACUUGCUGUUUUCUUACUUCUGUACGUGAUCAUCCGGUUCGUCUGUGGGACGUCACCACUGGAGAGAUCCGUGCAUCUUAUUGCGUCAUUGACCAUCGGGAACGUUUUAUCGGCCCAAAUGUUGUUGCUUUCAACCUGGAUGGCUCAAAGAUCUAUUGCGGAUAUGAAAAUAUGAUUGAAGUGUUUGACGUGCAGCGUGAAGGCCAAGAAUCUACAAAGUUACCCACCAUCCCUUCCCGUCGCAGUAAACAAGGUCAAAAAGGGAUUAUAUCAUGCCUUGAUUUCAGUCCGGAUUAUGGUGGUUUGUAUGCGUGUGGAUCGUACAGUCAAUCUAUUGGCAUCUAUGAUGAAACGAACAAUGAACUGUGCCUAAAGCUAACCGGUAUGCAAGGCGGCGUGACUCAGGUCAAAUUCUCGCCCGAUGGUAGCUUGCUCUUCUCCGCUUCUCGUCAAUCCGAUGCUAUAUUAUGUUGGGAUAUCCGAAAUACUGCCAAUAUCCUUUAUGAACUGCCACGUCCAGGGAAAACCAAUCAACGCAUAACUUUCGACAUUGCUGCCAGUGGAAAAGUACUCGUCACUGGCGAUCAGGAUGGGCAUAUUCGAUUCUACGACUUGGAAAUCGGAGCAAGCGAAGAAGAAGACGAUGAGACAAGGCCCCGUCUAUUGAGAUCGUUUGACGGUCACCAAGAUAUCACGUCAUGCGUUACUUUUAACCCCGUUUAUCCUUACAUUGCAUCCACAUCCGGACAACGCAAAUUUACGGUUCCGGAGGAAAGCAGUAGUGACGACAGCGAUGAUGAGGAUGGACAAAUGAGUGAUAUGCAACAAGACGUGGUGAUUGAUAACACGUUGAAAAUCUGGCAGGUCCAGGGGCAGUAUGCAUGGUAUCCUUAUGAAACAGACACAUUCGUGGAAGAAGAAACAGUAACAGCUGAAGCAUAAAACCCACGUUCACAACUGAUUUCCAUUUAUCCCCACAAUUGUUCAUCAUGUAAUUUACAUCCAUUUGGCAGCCCAACAUCAUUCACAUUUAAAAAUCAUAUCCGAAUAGUCACACGUCUUUUUUAAAUGAGUUCAU